CACACCGCCAGCAUCGAAUUUACCCCUACACAACAUGAAAGUCACAAAAAGACACAUCACCUUUUUCACCGACUUUUCUCGCUACCCCUCGCAUACCUUUGAAAUUUUUACAUGUCCCCAGUCUCGAGAAGCUCGCAGGACAGGCAACAAUGGCAGCCUUGAAAUGGGGGACGCGGCCGCCGUGGGUGGGCCUCGGAGCGGCCGUGUGGGUGCAGAUAGCUUCCGGUAAUGCUUACAACUUUCCUCUCUACUCCCACUCGCUCAAAUCCGUCCUCGGCUUCAACCAGCGCCAGCUCACCUUGCUCGGCGUCGCCAAUGACAUCGGAGAAAACGUGGGUAUUUUGCCUGGCCUCGCUUGCAACAGGUUCCCGCCGUGGGUUGUUCUCGCGAUCGGUGCCUUUUCAUGCUUCCUCGGCUAUGGGGUUCUCUGGCUCGCCCUUAGCGGCCCCGCUGUUUCCUUGCCCUAUUGGGUGAUAUUCCUGAAGUUGCCUUGUGGUAUGAUACUUAUGGCACCCCGGUGUUUGAUUGACAUUUUAUGGAUCGCGUUAUGCAUCGGGACAAACAGCAGUGCCUGGUUCAGUACAGCUGUUUUGGUCACAAACAUGAGGAAUUUCCCCCUCAGCCGAGGCACAGUGGCCGGCAUUCUCAAAGGGUACAGCGGCCUGAGUGCCGCCGUUUACACCGAAGUGUACAGUGUUCUGCUCCGCGGCUCAUCCUCUAAAUUCCUAAUCUUCCUCGCCCUAGGAAUUCCCGCCAUCUGUCUCGUGAUGAUGUCAUUCGUGAGACCGUGCGCACCAGCAUCAGGAGAUGACCCUUCCGAACACAAGCAUUUUGUUUUCGUCCAAAUAGCCAGCGUUGUCCUUGGCGUGUAUGUUCUUACUACUACUGUUUUGGAUGACGUGCUAAAUCUGAGUCGUGCUGUGGGAUAUGUUUUUCUUGUUGUGAUGGUGGUUCUUCUCAUGGCCCCGCUUGCUGUCCCGGUUAAGAUGACUUUCUACAGGUCAAAGUCAAACCUCGGCGAGUCUCGCUCGAGUUGUAAUAAUGCUGGCAUGAGAGAGCCGCUUAUGGAGCCAUCUUCUUCGGCUCCGAAUCUUGAGAACUUACGUGAUGGGGAAGAUGUGAACGUGCUUCUUGCUGAGGGAGAAGGAGCAGUUGAGAAGAAAAGGAGGCCGCGGAGAGGGGAGGAUUUCACGUUUUUCGAGGCUAUGGUGAAGGCCGAUUUCUGGCUACUUUUCUUGGCUUACUUUGUUGGGGUGGGGUCCGGGGUGACUGUUUUGAAUAACUUGGCUCAGAUAGGUAUAGCGCAGUAUAUGCAUGAUACAAAGGUUUUGCUGUCCCUCUUUAGCUUCUGCAAUUUCGCGGGUCGUCUCGGUGGAGGUGUUGUCUCUGAGUAUCUUGUGAGGUCAAAGGCGAUCCCGAGGACCAUCUGGAUGACGGUCACGCAAGUAAUAAUGGCGAUUACUUACCUUCUCUUUGCUUCGGGUCUCGAUGGUACCCUCUUUGUAGCCACUUCAUUGCUCGGCAUUUGCUAUGGUUUCCAAUUCUCUAUCAUGGUCCCAACUGCUUCCGAGCUUUUCGGGCUCAAGAACUUUGGCAUGUUCUUCAAUUUCAUCUCCCUCGGUAAUCCAUUGGGCGCGUAUCUAUUCUCAAACCUUCUUGCUGGCUUUUUAUACGACAAAGAAGCCGAAAGGCAACAAUCCUCGACUUGCUUAGGUCCGAAUUGCUUUCGAACCACUUUCCUUGUCUUGUCUGGGGUAUCGGUCAUUGGCUCUAUGCUUAGUGUGGUAUUGAGCCUGAGGCUUGUCCCAGUUUACAAGAUGCUCUAUGCUGGGGGCUCGUUCAGGUUGCCUCAUAGUUCAAAGCAUUGAGGCGAACCAAAAAGAAAAGGUAAAACCGGGAAAUAGAUUAGUGAUUCUCAUAAUCAUGCGGCAUGGCUAUUUAACCUGUGCAUGAAUGUUUGUUGAUAUAUUUAAUGUAACGGUAUGUAUCUGGAUUUCGAAAUUUUUUGAUAAGAGAUCCCUGUGUUGGUUUGAUUCCAUGCCCCUAAUGAAGCUGCAACAGCCACUCAUAAAUUUGAUUUUGAGUAGGGUUGUUUUAACAUUUGAAUUGUUCCUGCAUAUGAUGAUUGGUUAGCAUCUGAACAUGAAAAAUGUUGGAAGUGUGAUUGUUUGAGAUAAUGGUGAG